AUGGACCACAGCUCCUCGUCAUCCUCAUCAAUGUCCUCCUCGAUGACGAUGGCCAUGGUCUUCACGAACAGCCACGACACGGCACUCUUCUCCUCGCAAUGGACGCCCUCCAGCAGCGGCACCUACGCCGGCACAUGCAUCUUCCUGAUCGUGCUGGCGAUCAUCGGCCGCCUGCUCGUCGCCUUCAAGGCCCUGAUGGAGCAGCGCUGGCUCAGCGCCCACCUCCGCCGCCGCUACAUCGUCGUGGCCGGCCAAUCCACCGAAGCGGGCCGCAUCGCUGCCGACCCGGACGCCAAGGGUGCCACGCUCAUCACCGCCCAGGGCGUCGAGGAGAACGUCCGCGUCGUCCGCCGCACCACCCGCGAGCCUCUCCCCUGGCGCUUCAGCGUCGAUCUGCCCCGUGCCCUGAUCUACCUCGUCAUAACGGGAGUCUCUUAUCUUCUCAUGUUGGCCGUCAUGACCAUGAACAUCGGCUACUUCUGCUCUGUUCUUGCUGGGGCGUUCCUCGGUGAGCUGGCGGUUGGGCGGUAUAUUCAGGGGAGUGAGCAUGAUCAUUGA